UUCUCUUGACCUCACCUUCUUUUCCCCGUUCCGCAGCGCCACAGUUUGCGCUCUCACGACGAUGCACGUCGCGCCGCUCCCUUCGCGCCGUCGUCGCCCGCAGUCGCUCCCUAGAAUUUGACCACUUACUACCUCAAACAGACAAGACACCCCUUUGUUCGUGUCUCGCUUGUUCGCUCGCAGUCGUUGAUUCGCAGUCGCUCAUUCGGCCGUCGCACUCCUGAUCGACACCCACCACCACUACCACCAUCAUUAUUAUCACGGCUACCACCGCCAUGGCCGAGACAGCGUCCCGCCGCCCCUCCUCCCGUUCCUCCUGUUCCUCCCCGCGCGCCCGCUUCUUAUGCGCCCGCCUCCUCGUCGGUUUCCUCCUCCUCCUCCUUCUGCGGCCCGCUGCCGCCGCGCCGUCGACACCCCACGAUCCGCCGCCGCCGCCGCCUUCCCCAUCGCCUUCCCCAUCGCCUUCCCCAUCGCCAUCUUCUUCGCCGUCGCCGCUGCUACCCCGCGCUCCGGCCGCCGCCGCCUCUAGUAACGCGGCCGCCGUCUGGGCCACGCCUCACGACAGCUACUCGUCCUCAGUCGGCGUCCUCGGCUGCAAGAUCAACACCGACCGCGUCGCCUACUGGCCCGGCUCCGUCGACUGCACCAACCUCUGCGUCUCCCUCUCUUACCAGGACCGCCAGCUGUACCUUUUGCGCAUCGACUCCUCCGCCGGCGCACACGACAUCAGCUACGACGCCUGGAACUACCUCUACACGGGCUACUCGGCCACCGAAAAGCCCGUCAGCGGCGGUGCCGUCCCCAUGCAGUACGAGACGGUUCAUCCUUCCAGGUGCAGCAAGCUCCUCCGCACCGACGGCAGCAAACUGCCCCUCAGCGCCUCCAACAGCAUCAACUUCCUCACCUCGUGCCUCAACCAGACGGACAGCUGGGUCGCCGACAAUUAUCUCCUCUUCAACAUCCUCGACCCCGUUUGCGCCUGGGGCCGCGACGAGCAGUGUUCCCUCGACUGGCCCGACGCCAACCAGCCCAAGUGCUCCCACCAGCUCGGCCUUGCCGUCAAGUACACAGGCGCCCCCGUCUUCAACAUCCGCUACCCUUCGGGCGACAAGGUGCGCGCCGUCUCCGACUCGCCCGGCCCCGACUCCCCGUCGUCCUCUGAUGACGACUCCACGGCGCCCAGCACCCUCGUGCCGCGCCUCUUCCGCCAGCCUGCGUCCCUCAUGCUCCUGCUGCCCCCCGUCGUGGCUAUAGCAAGCAACAACCGCGGCUGGGCCCAGUCUGCCGCCUGCACCCUCCUUGUCUAUGGCCUCAUCAUCGGCUGGUUGACUUGAAAACCUCAACCGACUGCGAAACGUCCUUUUUCCUGAUACCCCGCCACAGUGCGCGACUCGAUACUGAGUCUGCACCGUUUUGUUUUUGUUGGAGGGCCACCCAUUUGCCCCCCUCCCGGCUCCAUUCGAUUCGGAGCACCAAGGCUCAAUAAGGUGCUGCAUGCCUAUCAUGGCUGCCACUCAAACCAUACGUAGUUGGUUGAUGUCACCCCAGGGCCUUGGCUUACGCCUUUAUGAUAGCGAAUACACUUCUCUGGC